AUGUCUUCCGACGGUGCCCCGCCAGGCGAGCCGGCACCGGAGCUGCUCGACGGCCGGCUCUGGGUCGACGGCUGCUUUGACUUCUUCCACCAUGGCCACGCCGGCGCCAUUGUCCAGGCCCGCCAGCUCGGCGACGAGCUCUACAUUGGCGUGCACUCGGACGAGGCCAUCCUCGAGAACAAAGGCCCCACCGUCAUGAACCUCCGAGAGCGACUGAUUGCCGUCGAGGCCUGCCGCUGGGUCACGCAGUCGGUGCCCAACGCGCCGUACGUCACGACGCUCGAGUGGGUGUCGCACUUUGGCUGCCGCUACGUGGUGCACGGCGACGACAUUACAUCGGACGGGUCGGGCGAGGACUGCUACCGGUUCGUCAAGGCGGCCCACCGGUUCAAGGUGGUGAAGCGGACGCCGAGCAUCUCGACGACGGACCUGGUGGGCCGCAUGCUGCUGUGCACCAAGACGCACUUUAUCCGGUCGCUGGAGGAGACGCUGGCGGGGCGCGAGGGCCCGGGCACAGACGCAGAACGCAAAGCGACGGGCCAGGCGAUGGCGGAGCGGAUGCGGCUGUAUGCGACGGACGAGACGGCCAAGAAGCCGGGCGUCGACGUGUGGUUCUGGAAGGACCCCGCCCCGGAUGCCGGUCCCGACGCAAAAGGCGCACUGACGGACCUUGUGCAGGGCCGCGGCCCGCAGAUUGGCCAGCGCGUGGUGUACGUCGACGGCGGCUUCGAUCUGUUCUCGAGCGGACACAUUUCCUUUUUGCAGCGGGUGCACGAGGCCGAGGAGGCCCGCGCGCGCGCCGACGGCUGGUAUGCGCCCGAGGCCGUGGCCGAGCGCCAGGGCAAGGCGGCGGGCGACUACCCGCCGGCGUUUGUGGUGGCCGGCGUGCACGACGACGAGGUCAUCAACGAGUGGAAAGGCGUCAACUACCCGAUUAUGAACAUUUACGAGCGCGGCCUGUGCGUGCUGCAGUGCCGGUACAUCAACGCCGUUGUGUUUGGCGCGCCCUUCUCGCCGACGCGCAAGUACCUGUCGUCGCUCCCCUGGGGCAUCCCCGACGCCGUCUACCACGGCCCCACGGCGUUCAUCCCGCUGACGUACGACCCCUACACGGAGCCCAAGGCCAUGGGCAUCUACGAGCCGGUGGGCCCGCACGAGUUCGCCGACGUAAACGCCGGCACGAUUGUGGACCGGAUCCUGGCCAGCCGGGACCGGUACGAGGCACGGCAGCGGGCCAAGGGUGCCAAGGCAGACGUGGAGGCCGCGCACAAGCGGCGUGAGCAGAUGGAAGAGGAGCAGCGGCAGAAGGAGGCGAGCAGGUAG